UCCUUUUCCUCUGUCUGGUCAGAAUGGUUUAGCUAAGGACAGCCCACCUCAGGAGCACUGAGAAGCCAGCACUUGGUGACCAGACUGAAAAGUGCAGCUAUUUCUGAAAACCUGAGAAUUUCUGACUAAGCUUUUAAAAAGUCCUGAGUUGACUUCAUGCCUGCAGCUUGGAGGUGCCUUAGAACCCAACAGCUUAAGGCAAACUGACCACUUCUCAAAGUCAGUCUUUCUGAUGCGCUCAAGCUGAGGUACCCAAAAGCAGUAUAAUUCUGAAAAUACUUGACUUUGUCAGCAUGACCACCCCUUACUAGGUAGCUCCCAAGCACACAGGAGGUUUGCAGGUCACUUGCCAAGUUUCAUGGAAGAGGGAGUUGAUGUUUACUUUUAUCUGAGUUUGUAAACUCCCUAACCAGAAUUUCCAAAGCAGAGAAGCCCUGCCUGCUCUCUCACAGCAUCUCAUUUUUAAUUCUGCUCCUGAAGACAGCCCUUGACAAAUGACAGCUCUUCUAGCAUUAAGCAUCUCUAAUGAAACAUUCCAAGGGCGUGAUACUGGCUUCUGGAUUCCUUUUUCUGCCCCCUCCCCCAAUUUUUUCAUUACAUAAAGCUGACAACUGCAGAUUUGUCCUCUGAUUAUACAGUCAGUUAAAGAAAAGAGUUCAUGUCCAUCCCAGCUUGUUUCACUGCUGCUUUUCCUCCGCCAGCCCAACUUUCAGCUGCAGUAAUAUGAUACCACUUGGCAGAGGCUAAGAGAAUCUUUGGCACACUGGAAGGAGGCUCAAUGUAAAGUCUACAUUUUUUUUAUUUUUUUAGAGCUUUUUGAAACUCUAGUGUUUCUGCACAGCUUUAGCAGUAACUGCAGAGCUACUCACAAAUGCUCCAAAUGCAACUGUGAGCAAAAGGAUUACCAAUGCAUUCUGUGAAGAGAAUGUCUUAGUGUCUGUUGCAUCUCCCUUGAAAAAGUAUUAAAGAACGACAUGGAUCAAGUAGAACUUUCUGCAAACGAAAGGAAGGGCUUCCUCCCAAUUGUCAAGAAAAAGAGCAAUGGCUGUAGAACCAUUGUGGGAUUUUUAUGCAUAUUCCCUGUGGUGGCUUUGCUGGCUAUUGUGGGAGAUCCAGCUGGAGCUGCAGUUCAGAAAAGCCAGGAAGAUGCCGCAUCACCUGGUCUUCAUGGAGAGAGUGCCCCUGCUUUGCACAGUCCAGCUUUCCCACCUCGGCCUCCAGCACGGAGAAAACGAUACACGAUCACACCAGGGCAUUUGAAGUGGGACCACUUCAACUUGACAUACAAAAUCCUGUCUUUCCCAAGAAACCUCAUAAGUGCCAGGGACACACGCAAGGGACUAGCGGCUGCGUUCCGAAUGUGGAGUGAAGUUUCACCAUUCAGCUUCAGAGAAGUGCCACGCCACGUAGCUAGUGACUUGAAAAUAGGCUUCUACUCUAUCAAUCACACGGACUGCCUGGAGUCUCUCAUCCACCACUGCUUUGAUGGAACAACAGGGGAACUUGCCCACGCCUUCUUUCCACCUAACGGGGAAAUCCAUUUUGAUGACCAUGAAUAUUGGAUAUUGGGAAAUACCCGGUUCAGCUGGAAAAAAGGUGUUUGGCUCACAGAUCUGGUACAUGUAGCAGCUCACGAAAUCGGACAUGCCUUAGGACUCAUGCACUCCCUGAACCCCAAUGCCCUCAUGCACAUCAACGCCACUUUGACUGGGAAAAAGACCAUCUCUCAAGAUGAAGUCUGGGGAAUUCACAGACUUUACGGAUGCAAAGACAGAUUAUUUAUGUGUCCAACCUGGGCACAAAAAGGUUUUUGUGAGAAACGCAGGAAGUUGAUGAAAAAGCACUGUCCCUCGACCUGUGACUUCUGCUACGAAUUCCCAUUUCCAACGGUUCCCCCUACUCUGCCCCCACCAAGGACAAAAACCAAGACUGUUUCCGAAGGCAGGAAUGUCACCUUCCGCUGUGGACAGAAGAUAAUUCAUAAAAAAGGCAAAGUUUACUGGUAUAAAGAUAAGGAGCUUCUGGAAUACUCCUAUCCAGGUUAUUUAUCCUUAAAUGAAGAUCACAUGAGCAUCAUUGCCAAUGCAAUUAAUGAAGGAACUUACACAUGUAUAGUAAAGAAAAAAGAAAGAAUUUUGACUACUUAUUCCUGGAGAAUCAGACUGAAGCACUAACAAGGGCCCUGGAAUGAGCACUUCAAUUACUGCUAGUUCUGUUUCAAAUUUAAAAUGUUUCUUUGGCAUUUUAUAUUUAAUCUCCAGUAGUACAACUGAACCUCUGAAUCAGCUGCUUCCAUACCUUGGGCAAAAGAGACUGAGACUUGAUUACUGGAAUGUAAAACUUUUCCAAAUUAGCUUUAAUGAUAAGGAAUUUAUCAAGUAUGUGCUAUACAGAGGAUUAAAAGAAAUUUUUUUUAAAGUGUCAGAUUUUGCAGUUAAACUAUAUGGAUCACUGCAGACUGCUGAAAAACAAGGAAACAAGAACAUAACUGUUCAUCGAACACAUGGAUGGACAGAUUUGCAGUGGAGGCAGAAGGAUAAUGGAAGGAAAAUGGCCAGUUAUACUCUGUAAGUUUUGCUGUCAUUUUUUUAGAUUGUGGUGCAUGGCACCAGGAGAACUUACAAAAGUGUGUAAGACCUAAUAUUACUUUUUCUUUUACUUGUCAGAAGGAGGAUGCAGGGUCACAAUUUUUUGUGACCCUUUCCAAUUACCACAUUCCACAUUUCAGUUCAAACAUCCACAGACCGGCUUUUUUCGCCCCAUACCCUUUCCUGGUGUUUAUUUAUUACUCAUGUACUCUUACCCCAGCAGCAGCUCCUCACACUGUGUCCUUGAGGUGUCUGGUCAAUCAGCCUCUCGACUCCUCCGACAGCCCUGAGGUAAUUUCCAUCACUGUCUUCCCCCAGUCACCCAAGCAAUGAGGUCAAUGUGCCACAGCCAGCAGGAAAAGAGAGUUCAGCAGUGGGAGGCAAAGCCUGGUGCACUCAAAUGUCUACAGCAGUGUGCAGUCCUGGGCACAGUCAGGAAUCCCUCCACAGUCGUUACAUUUAGCAAGAUCCUUAGCCAGUGUUAAAGCAGCCUACAUUGCUCUGCUGAGCUUCAUCCUUUUGCAGUUGUCCUCUUAACCUCUUCAGACAGGUUUCUUUCUAGUUAAAAGCACCAGCAAACCUGCAGAGCAUCUCACCUGCCACAGUCUAGGUCAGCCCUCCAUGACCACCUCUCUACGAGAGCUGGAAGGUGCAAUCGGUAAAAUCCUCCUCUGUUCUGGGACAGUUCUACCAGCACAGUUAGCUGAGCAUAAACCAAAGUGUAAAACAAAACUGCAUCUCUGCAUGGGCAACUCAGCUCAGGCCUGUAGCAGGUGAGCACUCUGUGCAAAACCAGACAAUUGAGACGAAAGCUGAGAUGCAGUAACUGAACAAUGUUACACUACUCGGGGAGAACUGGUAUUUCCCUUCUACAAAAAAAAGUUACACAACUCUCUCAUAACCGUAUUAAAUUUCCAUUGCAAUCCAGCAUUAGGUUUUCUUUGUUUUACUAACACUGUCCCAACUCAGAUGAAUAAUUGUUUGUGUCAGGAAUAUGGAUCUUCCACUGCUGCCCACACUGGCUGCAGCAAGGCCACAGAAGCUAGGAAGGAAGCAAUUUCACAGAGCACAAGAUGCACAGCACAGCUUGAAAUACAAAGUAAGUCAUGUUCUAAUACUUUAGAGCUUAGCACAGGCCAUGGCAAAACAGCUCUCCUUUCCUCUAUGCUGUGGGAUGGUGCAAAACUCUGGCUUGCCAGUGGGUUAUUAAUCUCCACCUAGGAGGAAUCUCACGCAGCUCAUGCCUACACUUCAGUUGAUGGACUAAUACUAGAACUGUCCCUCCUUCAGUAUGAGGCAAUCAAUCACAUCCAAAAGGAAAACAGUUAUACAUUCCUCCACGAAACCCCCCCACACAACCGACUGCUUACAAAAUUUACCGUGAUGUUAGUACAUCCACAUUCCAGUUCCAAGGCUUUUACCAAGAAAACUCUUAAUAUACUGAAACUGAUAGGAUGGUUAUAAUUUAAGUUAAUCCUUUACUGGGCUGGUGCCCAGUUCUGACUGCCUGAAUACCCCAGUAUUCUCCACAUCUUCCUGUUCCCAGAAGAGAAUGCUGGCCUUCUAGCACAGCGACUUGAAAGGAGGGGCUAUUCCAACAGGAUUCCUCUGGAUUGUCAUCUUGGCGGAAAAGAAGACUGGAAUAUGGCAUUAUACCAUCAGUAAAGCUAAGCUCUUCUUUUCAUGGAAAAAGGGCAUAUUUAAAAGAAUUUUCUGUAGAAAAUAAAGUUUCAAGACUCCA